AUGAGGUUAUGGUCUCUCUUUCUCUUGCCUCUGCUCUGUCUGCCUGCGCGGGUUCGAUCAGAUGAUUACUCGGAUGUAACUGUCAUUGUUCGAGGCUCUGAGACGAUUGCUUCGACCAGUGACGAGUUUGUUUGCGCCACCAUUGAUUGGUGGCCUCCAGAGAAGUGUAACUACGACCAGUGUCCAUGGGGAAGGGCUUCUGUCUUAAAUUUGGACUUGACUAAUCCUUUGUUGGCUAAAGCUAUCCAAGCCUUUAGUCCACUACGAAUCAGAGUUGGAGGCUCUUUACAAGAUCAAGUGUUAUAUGGCACACCAAAUUUAGGAUCGUCAUGCGACCCAUUUACAAAGGUUUCAAGUGGCCUUUUUGGGUUUUCUCAAGGAUGCAUAACCUUGGAAAGAUGGGAUGAUAUUAAUGAUCUGUUCCUGAAUACUGGUGCAGUUGUUACAUUUGGUCUCAACGCGCUUCAAGGACGACAGCAGACAAGAAAAGGUGUUUGGGGUGGUCCCUGGAAUUCUAGCAAUGCUCGAGAAUUCAUUGAAUACACUGUUUCAAAGAACUAUCCUAUAGAUUCAUGGGAAUUUGGUAAUGAACUGAGUGGAAGUGGAAUUGGUGCGAGUGUGUCAGCUGAACAAUAUGGAAAAGACCUAGUUGAACUUCAAACCAUCAUCAACGAGUUACACGGAGAUUCCAGCAAACCACUGGUUGUAGCCCCAGGAGGAUUUUAUGACCAAAAAUGGUUUGCUCAGCUUCUCGAUGUCUCCGGGCCAAAUGUUCUCAAUGCAAUGACUCAUCAUAUUUACAAUCUUGGUGCUGGUAAUGAUCCACAAGUUCCAAACAGAAUUUUGAACCCACAGUAUCUGAGCCGGACCUCCGAUACAUUCAGAAGUCUCCAACUCACCAUACAACGCCAUGGACCGUGGUCUGCUCCAUGGGUUGGCGAAUCUGGUGGUGCAUAUAAUAGUGGCAGCCGACUCGUGUCCAAUACUUUUCUCAAUAGCUUCUGGUAUCUUGAUCAGCUGGGUCAGUCAGCAAAGUAUGACACCAAGGUUUAUUGUAGACAGACGCUGAUUGGUGGCAAUUACGGUCUUCUUGACACCGACACUUUUGUACCAAACCCAGAUUACUACAGUGCCUUGCUGUGGCAUCGGCUCAUGGGGACACGUGUUCUUUCCAUAGACAUCAGUGGUUCUUCGUACUUGCGUGCCUAUGUGCAUUGCGCAAAGCAAAAGGGUGGUGUUGCUCUUCUCUUGCUGAACCUGCACCGAACCAUGGGCUUCAUGGUUUCAGUCAGGAACGACCUAAAUGUCAAUCUCGCAGAAGGGCGAGGGAUCAGAAGGGACAAUGCCUUUGUCCAUGGCCUGAAAAGAACGGUUUCUUGGGUCGGGAGCAAAGCCUCCGAUGGCUUUUCUAAGAGGGAGGAGUACCAUCUCUCGGCGAAAGAUGGGAACCCUUUUGCCCGGACCAUGCUGCUUAAUGGAGUACCUCUUGAGCUUACUGAAGAUGGUGACAUCCCUCCAUUGUAUCCAGUGGAAGUUUCAGUUAACUCACCAAUCUAUGUUGCCCCUCUGACCAUUGCGUUUGUCGUCUUCCCUGACUUUGAGGCUGAAGCUUGUGGCCGAUGA